CGGGUAGAAAAAUCUGACACGACAACCCUACCCCGUGGAAUUGAUUCCGGGAAUUAAGUGCAGUUUUGUGCGAGACGGGGCUGGGUCGUCAUCGUCGUCGUCGUGAUCGGAUUUUUCAUUCCGCGAGACACAGCGUAGACCAAGAGCGGUGUGUAAUUUGGUGCCUGAUUUGGAACCUGAUCCAUAUUUCGGUCGUGUUGCAGGUGGAAGGAAAUGGGCAGAAAUUUCGUACAGUACAUCCGAGUGCGUCCACAAUGUCAACUGUGAAGGGUGCUGGUGCCCCAGCAUAACAUCGUUAGUGAUUGUGAGCAAAUGAAAACCAUUCCACCACCACCCAGUUUGGUGAUGACAAAUCGGAAAAUUGCAGUCACAACGAGCCAAAUUCGUCACUUAUAGGCGGUCGGUCGCGUUCCAUAGAUAGUAGUACGACCUGUGUUGCUACCAGCGAUCCGUCCGUGAUUCAUUCAAAACUGUGCGUAUAUCAUCUCGCGUACGUGCGUGUUUGUGUGUGCGUGUGCGUUCGCAAUAGGAUAGCAUGGAAGGAAAAAGCAUCGUAGAGCAGUGAAUGGGGCCAACAUAAUUUGCAACUUGCCAUUGGUUUCGUCACUCACUGACUUCUGGGCACAUAGACCAGGGCUGCAACGUACAAAGGAACGUCUGCUGCCCCGCUGGCUGACCAACAACUGUACGAAAAGAAGGACAAACUUCGCUUAUAAAAUCGCAGAACCCAUUGAUUAUGAACCACUGUGGGAAGAAGUAUGCUUUUGCAAUUGGCACGGGAAUGGCUAAGGUGUGUCCGGUACACCAAGCUGACCAUGUACUGCGGGAGCGGUAGUACACUUGUCGCCCGUUUCAUGUAACAGGCACACACACACACAAACGCGCGAGGGUGGACGGUUUAGGUGGAAAAUAUCGAGCGGAAAACUUAUUGAUUUCCCUUGCGUUUCUUUCGAAGGGAAGAGAAAGGGAACACUAGCUGCCGGCUAGCGAGUUGGACCUUGCGUUGGCCACCUUUGCUAUGCUCCUAACUAAUUCGCAUAAGAAACCAACAAGGUACAGAGGGAGCGUUGCAAACGUAAUGUAAAAAAAAACACCCCACGGUUGGUGAAGUUUUCGCUUUUCCGCCACAGGCGUAUGUGGAAGGUGGAAGAAAGCGUUUGUGGGCCAGAGCAAGCCUGUGAUAACACGGCCCCGGGGCCGGUCCAGCGGCACUGUUUGGGAACGAGGAAAAGCGAUCUACUGAAGCGUGUAGGAAAAUCCUUCGUCGGGUCGAUGCAAAACUCGGAGAGAGGUAGCCAGCAGAAAGUUACAUUUGCUUACAAUAUUCCUUCGUACACGGUGAGGGUUUUCCGGAGGGUUGAAAUACAGCCGUGAAAAUUUGUUUUACAACACGUGUAGCUGUAUGUGUGUGUGUGUGUAUAUAUGUGCAUGGUUAGGGAAAUCAAUUCACAUUUUCUCACAGGUAGAGUGUCGUCCAAUACAGUCGCUUUUCCAACGACAAUUCCCUUGUCAAGGGAAGAAUCACCUGCCAUUGAAUUGAAAGUGACGUUUCCGAUGGUGAUCUUAACGAAUAGAGGGGGAAAAAACGAUGGAAAAUUCCUUUUGCCUGAUGUUUGACCUUGUUUAAUUUCCUUACAAGUUUUAAAACGUAUAAAUAAUAUACCUAUUUCAUAAUUGUUGUGAUUAUUUUCUGCUUUUUGCAGAGUGAUACAAUUGUAUAGUGUAGCGUGUUUCUUUCGUUUACAAAAAGGGGCACAAUACAUCAGUCGGGUCUUAGCAAUAGCAGAAUUAGGCGUCCUCGAAGUGUAUUUAAUUUUCAUACCGUAAAUCAACAAAAGUUAUAAAGUGUGCAAGUGUUAAAAGUUUAAAACGAAACGAAUGAAAAGCGUACAGCUCACGGUAUAUUCGUAUCCACGCAAUUCGAUGUAGUGCUGUAGUUAAAUGAAUGUAACCUGGCAACAAGAAAUCAUCAAGUAUUCUACGUGCGGAAUGUAAAUUUAGCAAAUCUACAGUGCAUUUCAUGAUUUCACUUCGACUGGAGCAUAAUUUCUCCAUAAUCAAGUGUGUGUGUGUUUGCGAGUGUUAUCACCGUCUUGAAGUAAAGGGAAGCUCUCGCUUCCGGUUUUGGUUUGACGGUGAACAGGUGUGUAUUUAUAUAUAAAAAAAGCAACGUAGCUAUACGAAACCAUACACACACCCACAAUAUUAAGAAUAUUUUCGUGUGCGAAUAAGUGUUGUGUAGUAAGCAAGGGCGAUGGCUUCCGGAGAUACGGCCGCCAUCGAUACGAUCGACGUCGAGUCGGCCCUAUCUACGAAAAACUCCGAAUUUACCACCAGCAGCAAGGACCAGCAACUGGAACUAGACGAAUAUGGAAAAUUCAUCAAAGAUACACCGGGAAAAUUCAUCAUGGCAGACGGGAUGUCGGGCGAACAGUCACUGGCUCCGCGGCCCCACCGGCCAAAGUCGGACAAGGAGCGCAAAAUCGGCCAUCGGAGAGUUGGCGAGGGUGGUGAAAUUACGUACAAGAAAAUCCAAACCACCACAAUUAUGGGCUCGAUUCAGCUCGGCAUCCAGCAUACGGUUGGCAGCCUCGCAUCGAAACCACGGCGUGAUCUGCUGAUGAUGGACUUCUGGGAGCUGGAAACGAUAUCCUUUCCACCGGAAGGCUCCAGCAUGACACCCGCGCACCACUACAGCGAGUUUAAGUUUAAAAUCUACGCUCCGAUUGCGUUUCGGUACUUUCGCGACCUGUUCGGCAUUCAGCCGGACGAUUUUAUGAUGUCUAUGUGUUCAGCCCCGUUGCGGGAACUGUCGAACCCGGGUGCGUCUGGUUCGAUUUUCUAUUUGACGGACGACGAUGAGUUUAUCAUUAAAACUGUGCAACACAAAGAGGGAGAGUUUUUGCAAAAAUUGUUACCAGGGUACUAUAUGAAUCUAAAUCAAAAUCCCCGCACGCUUUUACCGAAAUUUUUCGGCCUGUACUGUUACCAGUGCAAUAGUAAAAACGUUCGAUUAGUCGCUAUGAACAAUUUGCUUCCCUCUUACGUGAAGAUGCACCUCAAAUACGAUCUCAAGGGUUCGACGUACAAACGGAAGGCCAACAAAGCGGAAAGAUCGAAAUCGUCGCCCACGUACAAGGAUCUCGACUUCAUGGAGCAUCACCCAAACGGGCUGUUUCUUGAGGCGGAAACUUACAGUGCGCUGAUCAAAACGAUCCAGCGAGACUGCCGGGUGCUUGAGUCGUUUAAAAUUAUGGAUUACUCGCUGCUCGUUGGCAUCCACAAUCUCGAUCUAGCGGUAAAGGAGAAACAGGAAGCGGCGGCUAAGGCACGAUCUGAAGGUGAAUCGGAUUACGAAGACGCACCGGAAGCGGACCAGUACAUGGUACAGGAGCGGGAGGAACAGCGAACGACAGCCCUGAACAGGAGCAGGCACACAACCUACGGAAAGAUGCUGAUUAGGUCUAUCAACCGGCAAAGGCUUGUUGCGCAUUCGACAGCAAUGGAAAGUAUUCAGGCUGAAAGUGAACCGAUCGAUGAAGAGGAUGAUGUCCCUCCCGGUGGAAUACCUGCCCGUAGUGAAAAAGGCGAACGGCUAUUACUGUUCAUCGGUAUCAUCGAUAUUUUGCAAUCGUACAGGUUAAGGAAAAAGCUUGAGCACACGUGGAAAAGUAUUAUUCACGAUGGUGAUACCGUGUCGGUGCAUCGGCCUUCCUUCUAUGCACAACGCUUUCAGGAGUUUAUGGCCAAAACUGUUUUUAAGAAAAUUCCUUCACUGGAUCUGCCCGAGAUCAAGGGCAAUCAUAGAAAAUUUCGCACGUUGGUCACCAGCUACAUAGCGCUAAAACAUUCACCAUCCAAGAGAAAAAGUUUAUCGAAAGCCGCACAGAGAGCAAAAAAUGAAGAAACAGAUAGUCAACCCGUAGCCGGCAGCUCCCAUCAGCAUCAUCACCAAAAUCAGCAAUUCAACCCUACACAAACGCAUUUCAAUCAACAGACUACGGGAACUCCCAAAUCAGAUGUCGAUACUUCCUCGAGUGUGCAUACGGCGGCAACUAUCACGACCACGUCCAGUAGCAGUGCAGGUGCGGGCGGCGUUGGCGGUAAUGGCAAAACGGUGGGCUCUGGUGGUGGCCUUGGUACCGGCUCGGUUAGAGCUGCCGCCGGUGGCAAUGCGUCCGUCACACCGACCAAUAUGCCACCGCUUAAAAAGAAAACCACUGUCGUAAAGCAAAGCGUUCCACCACCGGUUCCACCACGCGGUUCGCCCAAAUUCAACAAGGCGAGCGGUGCAGGGUCGGGCCGGCCCGGUGGUACAUCAGGUUCACUACCCAGUCAGUCCAGUGGCCACCGGGGACGGUCUAGUGCAGGCACAUCUCCUUCCUGUUCUUCCACUCCUCCUCCCGCUUUUGACGACAUCUCCGAGCACGGUAGCAGUAGCCAUCGACACUCGUCGGAUGAUAAAACGGGCAGCAGCAGCGGAAUCGGAAGUGCCGGCGCCAGUGGCAUCGGAGGCAACGGUGGCCAUGGGGCCGAUGGUGUCGGCGGCGGUGGCGGCUCCGUCGAUCGGCGGAGCACUUCCUGUCGCAGUGAUAACUACAAAGAAGACUCAAUAAGUAUAUCAGAAAUAAGAUUAGAAAGUCAUUUAGCAGUCGAAUCAUCAUCCAAUAGCAAUUACGGCUCGCGGGGGGCCCUAGCGUCGGUCGAAGGAUCGACCCCAACGUGGACUGAAGGAACGCCCAGCUUUACGGAUUCGAGCUCGAGCGGUGAUAUUGGAACAUUCUCAGGCCAUUCCUCUCCAAUGUCGGAUCGGGAUCGCCACAAGCCCACAGUCGAGAAGGCGCUAAAUUCGCUCACAUCGGAAAUGGAAAAUUUACGAUAUCAAGUAGAUUACGAUUACAACUAAGCAGGGAACCGCAGGGGACUAAGCAGAGGAUGUGAUGAGACGGCACUUCGUCAGUGAUCAGUGAUCAGAUCAGUGAAACGUGUAUCACGUGUAUCGUAACGACACAACCAGGCGAACGGAACUGUAAGGGUACGGAGAAAAUUGGUACCAGCAAACGGAAGGACUGUAAAUAUGUAUCAAAACCUGCAUCACAUCAAUCAGUUAUUAAAGCAUUCGGAAGGCUGACAUUGAACGUAAACAUUUGUCUUCGUGCGUACAUGGAAGGGAAGCUACUAGUGAAGGCGUGCCACAAGAAAAUAACAAGGAAGAAUGGAAAUCAAAAUCUUAAAAGGACAAUUAGAUUAGUUAUAUAAGCGUUAUUAUCACGUUAGGAGUUUGAGGAAUUUCGCCAACCUUUCUGUCAAGCGAGGAUCGAAACAUGGAGCAGAAUGAGCAAUACUACAUUGUCGACAUUCGGCUUUGAAACCAUAAAGAGUUAAAAUCUUUUGUUUUUGUGCAUAACCUUAUCCCCUUUCAACUGUUCUAUUUUUGGGCUAAUGUUUCGAAGAAAAAAAAAAACAAAUCUUUACUGAUCCCUGAUGUUCUGUCGAACUCUUUAUCUCUAGUGCUUCCAUUUGCUUUAGCUCGAACGCAAUGCUACAUCCUUUAUCAUCCCAUUUGUCAUUUGCAAAGGUGUGGCUGAUGAGAAUAUAUCAAAUCACUUAUCACUAUCGUUACUCAUAAGGCCAAGCAAACGAUCGUUAUACAAUGCAGCAUAAAUGUUCUAUCGUUACCUUUCUUUUUUCACAUACUCCAAGCCUUAAUCAAUCCAACGAAAUAAGCAAACGUUCGGUAGCUAAAAAGCUAGACAGGAUUGGUUAGUGAACAGGGAAAAGGAAAAAAAAUUCGUGAAUAAAACAAUGAUGGAAGUGUGUAAAAUUUGCGUCACCAUUUGCAGAAGAAGAAAAAAAACACAAUCUUACUCUGGCCUAUUAUCAACCAUAAAGCGAGCAACAGUUGACAAGAACAAAAGAAAAGUUUACCAACAAACUACCUUAUUAUCGUGAUUGCGUGAUUAGUAAAAAAACAAACACACAUUUUGGUACAUUGUUUAAACGGAUAUAUUUACUAUGUACAUUACAUAACUUAUUUCUCCAUUGGCACACAGCAGAAAUGUUUAUUUUGGGCCAACACACUUACAAGGAGAAAUGGAAGGAAUGCAAAUACAAUGGGAAGGUUGGAGCUGUUAGUAAAGGUGUCGAAUGUCGAAAAACAAUAACUAUAUAUAAAUUAAAGUAAGAUGUGUACAAUGAGAUGUUAAAGCAAACUUUAGAGCAAGAGUUAAAGCAAACAGCAUUUACCAUGUAACCAAAUCCUUCUCUACACACAUACACACAUCUAGCAGCACACCCACUAAUAUGAGAGGUGUACAUACGUAUAUACAUACACGAUAUAUCAUCUAUUGUAAAGUUAUCAUGAAAUGCAAAACAAAAAAAACAAAAACAACUCCCAAACGUAGAAAGGUCUUGCUGUCCUUUGAAUGAAUCUCAUCAAGCCGCUAGUUUACUAUUUGAAUUAUAUAUGAAUGUUAUCCAAACAGUUACAACAAAACACAAUAAUGGAAAUGCGAGCGAAGGUAAAUAAAAGCGGGAUAACCAGUGAUGAUCUAUGAAGCAAACCACAACCAACAUGUUAAAACGAAAGUGGUUAAUACAAUCGUUCACUUUUUAUGUUCUACUGUUCAGCGUAGUAAUAGUAUCGUGCAGGAGUGAGAUUUCAUGAGCAAUUUAUUCUUUAACGUGGUGGUUUUAGUUAGUUGAAAUACGUUGCGAUAAACGAGUGUCUAAUAAGGGGAAAAGGAACGCUUUUGCUUUCUUUUCAUUCGGUUUUGUUUUUUUUUUGUUUUGUUCUUGCAUAUAAAUUUCACAACUGUAGGAUGUAACAUCUGUAUAAUCAAAACAAUAUCAACACAUAGGAGCGAAUCGUGCGUUAAAGUUCAUGUAUCGGAUUAAAAAAAAACCAUUAUAAAUUAAAACUCUCCUUCUCCUCGUGUGCGGAACACAUCCGUAACGUGUAGACUAUAAUAUAUUGAAAUCGUACAUUAAUGGAAGGGAAAGCAAACAGCUAUAGAUAGAUAGUAAAACCAAGGCAAACAAAUAACUCGAAUUAACCACAAUACGAUUCGGAUUCGGAAGGGAAGGCGCGAACCCUUCCUUCGGCGAAGGGAACCGUUAAAACGCGUUAAAUGAUAUACUCUGAGACACACAGUUAAGAUUUAUCGUCUUACAUACAAUAAUAACCGUAGCAUAUGGAUCCAUAGGAUGGUGCGCAGGGUGAAUCGUAUCGGUAAAAUAGCAUCUUGUGUUGCGCGAUGAACAGAGCGAGCAGACAGGCAUAUAUACAUACUGAUGAACAGGCGGUACAUCUUUACACGGUCUGUCAAUAGGCAAUAAUAAAACGGAAUGCAAUCAUCAAAGUAAGAGUUUGUUAGCCAGAUUAGAAACCAGAUCGAAACUCUAAUAUGUGUCUGUAUAACAAGCAAGGAAUGCCAAUAGUAUCAACCCUCCGAAUGAACCGCGGCAGACGCAACAGCAAGUAACCUCUGUAUGUACACACUAUACCGGACUAUAUGAAAACAGCUCAAUCUCAUUACAAGACUCGACUCGACACUACCUACUAGCGCUACAUUGUGUAAAACAUUCAACAGCAUUUUUCCACCCCACCCCCUUGUUCCAUUACACGAUCAUAAGAGAUAGGGAAGUGUAUAUGAACACUGUUUAACUUGUUGACACGGAAUUAACGUGAAGGGGGGAAGCAUAAGGUGCUGAGAGAUGUGGCAGGCAAAAUCAAAGACGGAAUAGAAUCAACCGAAGAGAACAACACACGUACUAAAACUCGAAGAUGAAAGCGAGAAAGCAGUAAAUUCAAUAUACAUAACUAUACAGACGAACUGAGUGCAACAAUCGAACAUCGGAACAAAGCGAAAGGAAAGAGCACCGACAUGCGUAUAAUAAAGAAAAAAAUACAAGCGAAAUUCAAAACAUA